AUGCAGCAGAUUCUCUCUAAGACUUCAUCUGCUAUGGCCACUUUUCCUUGUUCCAGGGUGAAAAGUGGGUGGUGCGUGUGGCCAAAUGUGAGACAACUUUGCCUUAGAAAAGGAAUUCUGUAUGGAUUUAUGCGAUUGUUUUCUACACCAUUGAAAACGCUGCGUGGAGCUAGUCGCACGCUGAGGGUGGGUCAGUUUUGCAGUGUUGUCAAUAUGUCUUCCUCGUUGCAGAUUGAAUUGGUACCUUGCCUGAAGGACAACUAUGCGUAUCUUUUACAUGAUGUGGAUACGGGUACGGUUGGUGUUGUUGAUCCUUCUGAAGCUGUGCCUAUCAUAGAUGCCUUGAGCAGGAAAAAUCGAAAUUUGACAUACAUACUCAACACUCAUCAUCAUCAUGAUCACACUGGUGGAAAUGUGGAAUUGAAAGCAAGAUAUGGAGCAAAGGUGAUUGGUUCAGGAACUGACAAGAAAAGGAUUCCUGGGAUUGAUAUCUAUUUGAAUGAUGGUGAUAAGUGGAUGUUUGCUGGCCAUGAGGUGCGUGUAAUGGACACACCUGGGCACACCCGAGGCCAUAUAAGCUUCUAUUUUCCUGGAUCUGGGGCAAUUUUUACUGGAGACACUUUGUUCAGCUUAUCAUGUGGCAAGCUGUUUGAAGGAACCCCACAGGAGAUGAUGUCUUCUCUUAAAAAGAUCAUGUCCUUGCCAGAUGAUACAAAUAUAUACUGUGGACACGAGUAUACAUUGAGUAAUACAAAAUUUGCAUUGUCCAUAGAGCCUGAAAACAAAGAACUUCAAGCCUAUGCUGCUCAUGUAGCUUACCUUCGAAGUAAAGGCUUGCCCACGAUUCCCACCACACUGAAGAUGGAAAAGGCUUGUAAUCCAUUCCUUCGAACAUCCAAUGCUGCAAUCCGGCAAUCAUUAAACAUUGCAACCACAGCAAAUGAAGCAGAAGCCCUUGCUGUCAUCAGGCAAACAAAGGAUAAUUUUUAG